CUUUGGGGUGGGGAAAAUAGCAUUGUGGUGUUGUGUGGUUGGGUGGCGUUGACGCGGUCGAGAAGAGAGAGUGGAAUAAAUAAAUUACGUGUGGUAAGAAAAAGGUUAGAUUAUUACUUAGAUAAUAUUAUUAUAAGGAGAAGAAGACAAGAAGACGACGCGGGGAGGCUCUGGUUUCCACCGACAUCCCUUCCUUUCUCUUCUCUUCUCUAUUCCGUUCCGUUCCGUUUUCCCUUUUCCUUCACCUCCAAUCUCAAUGGCUGAUAAUGAGAAGCAGCCCAAUAACGAGGAGGCAAGUCCUCUUCUGCACCAGCCCAAAUCCCAACCAACUACGCCACCCGAUACUCCCGAGUUUCUCCUCGGAUGGACCGCAGAUGGGCUUCCGUUGGGCCAUGGCAGCGUCGUCGGCCAGCCCAUGGGCCGAGCCCCCUGGAAUUCCUCCAUCUGCGCUUGUCUCGGCCAGAACGAUCACUUCUGCAGCAGCGAUCUCGAAGUUUGUCUUCUUGGGAGUGUGGCUCCUUGUGUGCUGUAUGGAAGCAAUGUUGAGAGACUUGGAUCGGCUCCCGGGACGUUUGCUAAUCACUGCUUGCCUUAUUCUGGACUGUACGUAAUUGGGAAUUCUUGCUUUGGUUGGAAUUGCCUUGCACCGUGGUUUUCCUACCCUAGCCGAACUGCUAUUCGUCGGAGGUUCAAUUUAGAGGGAACUUGCGAAGCACUUAAUAGGUCAUGUGGGUGCUGUGGAAGCAUUUUGGAAGAUGAGGUACACCGUGAACAAUGUGAGUCAGCAUGUGACUUGGCAACUCAUGUCUUCUGUCAUGUGUGUGCUCUUUGUCAAGAGGGUCGUGAGCUCCGUCGUAGGUUACCUCAUCCUGGCUUUAAUGCUCAACCGGUACUGGUUAUGAUUCCCCCCGGCGAGCAGACCAUGGGACGUCAAACUUGAAGAUUCGCCAUCAUCUUAGAAGUGCUAUUCUCGUGUAUGUCACUGUUGCCUCUAUAAUUUGAUGUUGAACCAUGUUAUGACUUCAUCUAAAAAGGGUCCUGGCUUUUUCAUUUUUUUUUAUAAAGAAGAUCACUAAACCUAUUAAUUCUGUUUGCCUCCCUUUUAUUUUGUAUCAUAUAUAGAUUUGAAUCAUGUGGGAGAAAUUUUUCUCCCAGUAUCUAUAUGUCUAUGCGUAACUACUAUUUAAUGAAUUGAAUGAAAGAAUGUUACAUUAAGUGCGUAA